AAGAAAAUGUCUACGGUAGCUGCAUUUAAAGAACAUGCCUUGGCAGUGAACAGAGAUUUUAUAUCGCAUCCACGGCUUACAUACCGAACAGUAUGUGGUGUAAACGGACCAUUGGUCAUUUUGGAUGAAGUGAAAUUUCCAAAAUUUGCUGAAAUUGUACAAUUACGAUUGAAUGAUGGAACAUUCCGUUCAGGGCAAGUUUUGGAAGUCAGUGGCUCAAAAGCUAUUGUACAAGUGUUCGAAGGAACAUCAGGAAUUGAUGCACGAAACACUCUUUGCGAAUUUACCGGAGACAUUUUACGAACACCUGUAUCAGAGGAUAUGUUAGGUCGUGUAUUUAACGGAUCAGGAAAACCAAUCGACAAAGGUCCACCAAUUUUGGCUGAAAGUUUUUUGGAUAUUCAAGGUCAACCAAUUAAUCCCUACUCUCGUAUUUAUCCAGAAGAAAUGAUUCAAACUGGUAUCAGUGCAAUUGAUGUAAUGAACUCAAUUGCUCGUGGACAAAAAAUUCCAAUUUUCUCGGCUGCUGGUUUACCACAUAAUGAAAUUGCCGCCCAAAUUUGUCGUCAAGCUGGUUUAGUCAAAGCACCAGGAAAAUCAUCAGUUAACGAUGACCAUGAAGAUAAUUUCGCUAUCGUAUUCGCAGCUAUGGGUGUUAACUUGGAAACAGCCCGUUAUUUCAAACAAGAUUUCGAAGAAAAUGGUUCCAUGGAAAAUGUAUGCUUGUUCUUGAACUUGGCCAACGAUCCAACAAUUGAACGUAUUAUUACACCACGUUUAGCGUUAACUGCAGCCGAAUUUUUCGCUUAUCAAUGUGAAAAACACGUGUUGGUUAUCUUAACAGAUAUGUCUUCGUACGCUGAAGCUUUGCGAGAAGUAUCAGCUGCUCGUGAAGAAGUACCCGGUCGUCGUGGUUUCCCUGGUUACAUGUACACCGAUUUAGCUACAAUUUAUGAACGCGCUGGUCGUGUUGAAGGUCGAAAUGGUUCCAUCACACAAAUUCCAAUUUUAACUAUGCCCAACGAUGAUAUUACCCAUCCAAUUCCUGAUUUAACUGGUUAUAUUACCGAAGGACAAAUUUAUGUUGAUCGUCAAUUACAUAACAGACAGAUUUAUCCACCAAUUAAUGUACUUCCAUCUUUGUCACGUUUGAUGAAAUCCGCUAUUGGUGAAGGCAUGACCCGUAAAGAUCAUUCAGAUGUUUCAAAUCAAUUGUACGCCUGUUAUGCUAUUGGUAAAGAUGUACAAGCCAUGAAAGCUGUCGUCGGUGAAGAAGCUUUAACACCCGACGAUUUACUAUACUUGGAAUUCUUAACAAAAUUCGAGAAAAAUUUCAUUUCACAAGGAAACUACGAAAAUCGUACCGUAUUCGAAUCAUUGGACAUUGGAUGGCAAUUAUUACGUAUUUUCCCCAAAGAAAUGUUAAAACGUAUUCCCGCAAAUAUACUUGCAGAAUUUUAUCCAAGAGAUUCACGUCAUUAAUUUAUCAGAAAUACAAAAUCUAUAUAUAUCUGUU